AUGCCAAUUGAAGCCCAAAUGCUCAUCAACAACAACCUCGUGCCCGCAAGCGAUGGUGGGACGUUUGAUUUGUAUUCUCCUCAUACAGGGGAGCUUGUUGCAAAAGUCCCCGAAGCCACUGCUGAAGACGUAGACACUGCCGUCUCAGCGGCCUCCGCGGCCUUCCCCUCAUGGAGUUCACUUUCCCCAGCCCAGCGUGGCGCUCCAUUAAAAAAGUUGGCAGACUUAGUGUUAGAAAAGAAGGAUUCUCUCGCUUCCCUAGACGCCCUCUCCAUGGGCCGUCCCACAAGCUCCUACUUCGACGCCUCGUACGCCGCCACACAUUUCAACUACUUCGCCGAAGCCGCAUAUCCGCAAGGCCAUACUUCACUCAACACCCCCGGAUUCUUGAAUAUGAGUGUCAGACAGCCGUUUGGUGUCGUGGCGAUUAUUAUCCCGUGGAAUGCGCCGCUGGUAUUCUUUAGUAAGAAAGUAGCGCCUGCGGUAGCGGCAGGGAAUUGCGUGGUUGUUAAGGGGAGUGAGAAAGCACCGUUGACGUGCUACCUCCUCUCCCAACUCAUCCCAACUUGCAACUUUCCCCCGGGCGUCAUAAACGUCCUUUCCGGCCACGGCCACACCUCCGGCUCGCUGCUCGCGCACCACAUGCGCAUCCGCGCGCUCUCCUUCACCGGCUCUACUCGCACCGGCCGCGCUAUCCAAAUCGCCUCUGCUAAUUCUAACCUCAAAAAGGUUGUCUUCGAGCUCGGCGGAAAAUCCCCAGCCCUCGUCUUCCCAGACGCGGACAUUGAGCAAGCAGCUAGGGAGACGGAGAAUAGUAUUAAUUGGAACUCCGGGCAGACGUGCAUGGCGAAUAGCCGUGUGUAUGUGCAUGAGAGUAUAAAGGAGGAGUUUAUGGAGAAGUUUAAGGGGUUUGCGAGGAGGAGGAGGCUGGGAGAUCCGAUGGAUCCCGAGGUUAAUCAUGGGCCGCAGGCCGAUAGGUUGCAGUUUGAUGCUGUAAAGAGGUAUAUUAAGAUGGGGAAGGAGGCGGGCGGGGAGGUUAUUGAUACUGGGGCGGGGGCUGAGGCUGAGGGGGGUAAAUCCCUACUCAUCCACCCGGUCAUAUUCGCCAACAUCCCCGAAACGUCACCCCUAACCAAGGAAGAAAUUUUCGGUCCCGUCGUCGUCAUAAACACUUUCGCUACAGAAGACGAAGUCAUUACCAAAGCCAACGACACGGAAUUUGGGCUCUAUGCCGCGCUGUACACGAAAGAUGUUGAGCGGGCGAUACGGGUGGGUAAGAAGCUGGAAAGCGGGAUGGUGGGGAUUAAUUGCACCAGUCCGACGGGGUGUUGGGAUUUGCCGUUUGGAGGUUGGAAGGGGAGUGGGACGGGCAGGGAGAGCCUGCUGGACAGUAUGGAGCAUUAUUUGGAGGUAAAGAGUUUGUAUUUUAGGACACCUGGGAUUGGGGGAUAG